GGUGAGCUUCAUCCUAUAUGGAAUCGAUUCUUUCUUCAUCACCUUCGUCCACAAUCUUCUCUACUCUUUAGCAGACUCUGGUAGUCGCUUUUUCCAUCAACAAGUUCUUCUAUCCCUGAUUGCCUUCGAGCAACAAAGUCAUUCGUUAAGACCUUUUAUCCUUCGUCACCACUACAAAACUUCAUCAAGAUGUAUAUCUCCACCGCUACUCUUUCCUCCAUCGUCCUUGCGGCUUCUCUGGCCUCUGCUACCCCUGGCCAUGUCAAGAGAGCUGAUGCCUACGCUCAGUGCGGUGGCCAAGGCUUCACCGGUGCCUCUACCUGUGUUGCUGGAUACCACUGUGCCGAGUCCAAUGCAUGGUACUCCCAGUGUCUCCCUGGAUCCGGCUCCGCUCCUGCUGCCAGCUCUAUCGCUGCUGCCGUCCAGACCACUUCUGCCGCUACCAAGGCCCCUGUCUCUACCAGCAACAAAGCAUCUGCUGCUCAGCCUUCUGACAGCUUGAACAAGCUCUUCCAGGCCAAGGGCAAAAAGUACUUCGGUACCGCCGCUGACCAGGGCACUCUUAGCAACGCUCAGACCGCCGCCAUUGUCAAGGCCGACUUUGGCCAAGUCACCCCCGAGAACAGCAUGAAGUGGGAUGCCACCGAGUCCUCCAACGGAAACUUCAACUUCAACGGUGGUGACUACCUCGUCAACUUUGCCUCCCAGAACGGUCAGCUCGUCCGUGGCCACACCCUUGUCUGGUACUCCCAACUUCCCCAAUGGGUUCAGCAGAUCACCGACAAGACCCAACUCACCAACGUGAUGAAGAACCAUAUCAACAAGGUCAUGGGCCACUUCAAGGGUAAGAUCUACGCCUGGGACGUCGUCAACGAGGCCUUCAACGAGGACGGCACUCUCCGCCAAAACGUAUUCAUGAAGGUUCUCGGUGAAGACUACAUCAGAAUUGCCUUUGAGACCGCCCGCGCCGCCGACCCCAACGCCAAGCUCUACAUCAACGACUACAACCUCGACUCUGCCUCCUACUCCAAGACCACCGGCUUCAUCGCCCACGUCAAGAAGUGGAGAGCCGCUGGUAUCCCCAUCGAUGGUGUUGGUUCUCAAACCCAUCUCGGCAAGUCCGGCAGCUUCAACAACCCUGACAAUGUCCCUGCUGCUUUCAAGGCUGUUUGCGCCGCUGCCCCUGAGUGUGCCAUGACUGAACUUGAUCUUGCAGGUGCUGAUUCUGGCUCUUACGUCAAGGUUGUCAAUGCUUGUGUUCAGACUAGCAACUGUGUUGGUAUCACCGAGUGGGGCGUUUCUGACUCUCAGUCUUGGAGAAAGAGUGAUAGCCCUCUGCUUUUUGACUCCAACUUCCAGAAGAAGGCUGCUUACACUGCUAUUGUCAACGCUCUUAAGUAAGAGUGCUUUCCGACAUUGUCCGUCUUGGGUUCUUUGGAGGAGAUGUUUACAGAUUCUUGUUCGUCAGGAUUUGAGUGUGAAAUGAGAUAGCAACGUUAUUGAGAGAGUGCGGUUAUUUUGUGG